AUGCCUGCCUCUGUCAAACCCGAGCGCGUCCUGAAGCCCAACGCUAUCUGGCAGGCUUCAAGACGUCUUUUCUGGCCGCAAAUGCCGACCCCUCUUCGCUCCAAGACUGAGCUGGAGAUGUGGCGGCUUGCAUGGGCCCCUGGGAGCCGAUCUCCGGGGCCUGGACGAGAUGGUGUGGCGGCUAUUUGGGCAUUUGGUGCUCGCUUCUGCGGUUCCUGUCUGCUGGAAAACACCUUGGAGGAGCAAGACUUGUUGGUAUCUUCGCUAACCCCAGUCGCUAUCCUGCCGGCUCUCCCUUUUGUGCUUGUUACAAAAGAUCAGCAUGUGUUUUCGAGCACUACCCUAAAGCAGGCUUCCUUGCCUUCCGAUACAAAGCUUAGGAAGCUGUAUCUUUCGUCCGACUACCAAGCCUUGAUUGAAGAAUUCCUCCAAGUCAAGGACAUGGGUCAAGGGACCAUGGGCGAGUGGCUAAAGGGCUUGCCAGAUCGCGGCAGCGACCUGCGGCAGGAGUCCGCGAAGUGGGAGAAAUGGGAGUCUUCUGGAGGGGUUGUUAAGAUGCGCUCGCUUCUAUAUCCAGACUACGCGAAAAAGCUCCCUGCUGCUUCCGCCAUCCGCAAACCUUCCCUGACUGAGACAUCAUCUUCCACUUCGGCGCGCCCGAAUGCAGAGAAGCUUCGAGAUGUCGGGGACGGCGAGGGUAAUGCAGCAAAUACCCCGGGACAACAGCAUCUCCAAGGCCUGGAGUUAACCAUGGCCCUUUCCAAAGAGGCCCGAGACCGUAUUGACAAGGAAUGGGAAGAAGUCCAAGCCCCUCUUCGUGCCAAGAUAUCUGGCUACACCGACAAAAUCAUACGGGAGCUCUUGGCGAAAGAAAAGGUGACGAAAGACAACUGCUCGCGGUUUGCCGUAGAAGUCCUGCUCUAUGUCCGCAAGCGGUUCUACACUGAAGUCGAGAAGGAGCAUGCUGCUGCCAGGGCAGCAAACAAGAAGCUCCCUGUCGAUCCGCCUGACGGGCCCUUCACGCAGAAGCUGACCCUGGAAAACAUGAAAUGGAUCUUUGACACCAAAAUAAGGCCCCUUACCGACCGUUUUCGCAAGGAGAUCUUCUACUGCAAUGACUGCGAAGGGAACUGCAGGGCUUACGGAUUCGAAGGAGUCAUUCAGCAUUAUGCAGCGAAGCACACAACGGCACUUAGCCGCGGAAAUGCUGUUGUAUACUGGAGAGCCGAGUGGCCGAAACAUCCUCCGUUUAGGGCAGAGCCUAGGCCUGCCAGGCAGUCCGCUCCGUCUUUCCCUCCGGUAUACAAACACGGCUCCGGGGGAUAUCAACUUGCAGCCCACACGCCCGCGCCGGCAAGUUACCCCUACCCACCAGCCCCCGCCGCGCCUUCUCAGCUUCCAAUUUAUCCACCACCAACAGGAUACGGAUACAAUCCCCCAGUGUAUGGAGAUUAUUGCCAACCACCACCACCACAACCUCUUCCUCCUUCGCAACAGUACCAUCCAGUGCCUGUAGUUCCUCCAGUUGUGCCGCCACCCACGUACGAGACUACCUCAUCUUAUCCAGUUCCACCUGCUCCCUAUCCGCCGCCCCGUCAAGUCCCCAUUCCUUCACAGCUGCCUGUGCCUAACCCCGAGCCGGCGCACGGUUAUGCACCCUCUCAACCUGGGCACUACGAACGACCUUAUGGAUCAUAUUCUAGCAACGCAAAUUCUUCGCAUGUGCCUGCUCAACCCCCAGCCUUCCCCGACCUGUAUCAGCUAAGGCUGGAUGAUAUUGCCCGAAACUCACGCGAACUUUGGCGUUUGCUCGGAGCGAUCAGCAAUCUUCCUGGUAACGUGAAGGUUUACGUCACAAUCCAUCACACAGCCAAAAGGUUUCGAUCUAGGUUUCAUGAAAACCCUCCGCUUUCGUUGUUUAUCGAUGGCCUGUCCAACCAUAAGGAUAUGCGCCCGGUCCGCAAUGUCAAUGGACUCAUUUGCAAGGCUUGUCAUCUACACUUGGACAACCAAUUGACUGUGGAACGAGAUCGAAAGUCCUUUUCUCUCCCACAGCUGGCAAACCAUUUCCAAAUCAAGCAUGUGGCACCAAUGGAGCAGCAGCCCGCUCAUCAUAGCCCGCCUCGGCUCGACUGGGUGGAAGACAUGGUAUUCCUAGGGGACAUCAAAGACCUUUCAUACCUUGACCUGAAUGAGUAUGAAAAAGAAUUAAUAGCAGCCGCGCUACCAUUCCUCCUUAGAUCCGAAGCACUGAUCAAAGAAGAAACCCCUAAUUUGCUUGAUGCGUUGGAGUCACGCCUUGUGCAAAGAUACCCUUCGCACUCUCAAUCUUAUGGCCGCGAGUCGAAUACUGGCCGGUUUGCAGAGGGCAGUUCCACCAUCGGAGGCCGUGAAUCCGUUUCUGGUUUGACAGCACAUUCACCCCCUCCACAUGUAGACCACGGUAGUCAUACGAAGUCUCCCAUUAGAGACCGGCGGCAUGAUUCGCCUUCUCACAGGGAGCCCAGCUCACCAGGAAGACCUCUCGGACACGUACCACACUCUGUCAUGGAACCUUUCGAGAGUAACCCGAAUGGUGCGGGGCGCUCUCGGCCCGCUUAUCCCGGCUCACGGCAUGCCGAGGAGGACUACUUCAGGUAUCACGCACGACGACCGAACGAUCGUGGCUAUGAUGCAUUCCCACCAGAUGCUGAAUAUCGCCGCUAUCCAGAUGAGUCACGGACCAGAUCAUGGGCUCCAAUUGAGGCAUAUGAAAUCGUCCACGUAAUAGACGAGAAUGGUGAAUACUAUAUCCGGCGCCCAGUGCGACGCGAACCAGAUCCCAGGUAUGCGUAUGAAGAGCGGAGAGUAUACCGUGGCGAUGCGGGCCCUCAUCCCAGUCACGAAUCGCGCCUCCUCUACGGCGGUCAGCCAGUUGUCCCCAGAGAUGGGCCCAGGGGCAGUAGUGCGCCCGAGACCUGGCCUGUUGACCGUCGGUCCGGAUCAGCUUAUUAUGGGGAGUAUGAUGCAAGGCUUUUCACUCAUAUUGGGUAA